AUGUCUACGACUCGUCUAUACCAUAUGGUCCGUGGUCUACCGGGCCCCCGGACGCUCGGGAGACUUCGCCUCCAAGUCUCACCGCGAUACUGCCAGUACUCCACUUCACAUAUGCCAAAGAUCGCUCAACCAUCGCUAUGGCAGUCCAUGAUCCCCAAGUUCAUUCGAAAUCGGCGCGCUAAAGCGGAAACUUCCCCUACUAAGUCGAAAGAAUGGAAUCCGGCUAGUUUCUACAUCGUCAUAUUCAUCUUGAUCGGGUCGCAAGCCAUCCGAAUGAUUGCUUUGAAGAACGAAUAUAAUGCAUAUACUCGAUCAACCGACGCAAAGAUUCGACUUCUACGGGAGGUGAUUGAGAAAAUACAAAGAGGGGAGAAGGUGGAUGUAGAGAAAUUGCUGGGCACCGGAGAUGAGGCAAAGGAGAGAGAAUGGGAAGAAGUUCUUCGCGAGAUCGAGGAGGAAGAUUCCCUAUGGCAUCGGAGGAACCCAGGCUCGGAACCCAGUCGUUCAGUGAAGCCUGAGCAAGAGCAGAAACAGCAGGCGGAGAAGUCUCGAUCUAAGGACCCCGUUGUCCCUGCUGAAGGGGUGUCAAACCAGGAGCCACCAAAGGAUGGAGCCGCAAGGCGCAAAUUGAACUUCUUCUAG